UCUAUUUGAAAGAAAUGAAACAUCAACAAACACCCCAGUUCUACCACAGAAAGUCCAUACAUCAACAGACACAGACGCUCUAUUCGAAAGAAAAGAAACAUCAACAAACACCCCUGUUCUACCACAGAAAGCUCAUACAUCAACAGACACAGAAGCUCUAUUCGAAAGAAAAGAAACAUCAACAAACACCCCAGUUCUACCACAGAAAGUCCAUACAUCAACAGACACAGACGCUCUAUUCGAAAGAAAAGAAACAUCAACAAACACCCCUGUUCUACCACAGAAAACUCAUACAUCAACAAACACAGAAGCUCUAUUCGAAAGAAAAGAAACAUCAACAAAUACCACCUUUCUACCACAGAAAGCUCAUACAUCAACAAACACAGAAGCUCUAUUCGAAAGAAAAGAAACAUCAACAAACACCCCAGUUCUACCACAGAAAGUCCAUACAUCAACAGACACAGACGCUCUAUUCGAAAGAAAAGAAACAUCAACAAACACCCCUGUUCUACCAAAGAAAGCUCAUGCAUCAACAGACACAAAAGCUCUAUUCGAUAGAAAAGAAACAUCAACAAACACGCCUGUACUACCACAGAAAGUCCAUACAUCAACAGACACAGAAGCUCUAUUUGAAAGAAAAGAAACAUCAACAAACACCCCUGUUCUACCAAAGAAAGCUCAUACAUCAACAGACACAAAAGCUCUAUUCGAUAGAAAAGAAACAUCAACAAACACCCCUGUUCUACCAAAGAAAGCUCAUACAUCAACAGACACAAAAGCUCUAUUCGAAAGAAAAGAAACAUCAACAAACACCCCAGUUCUACCACAGAAAGUCCAUACAUCAACAGACACAGAAGCUCUAUUUGAAAGAAAAGAAACAUCAACAAACACCCCUGUUCUACCAAAGAAAGCUCAUACAUCAACAGACACAAAAGCUCUAUUCGAAAGAAAAGAAACAUCAACAAACACGCCUGUACUACCACAGAAAGUCCAUACAUCAACAGACACAGACGCUCUAUUCGAUAGAAAAGAAACAUCAACAAACACGCCUGUUCUACCACAGAAAGCUCAUACAUCAACAGACACAGAAGCUCUAACUAAAAUGGAUCAUAAAUCGACAAAUACGGAAGUUAUACUAGUAGCAAAGAAUGAAGAAACCACCACGGAUUUACAAAAGAUUAAGCUACUAGAGGACCUUAGAAAUGAAGAAAUGAAAGUAGCUAAAGAAUUGAAACGA